AAGAACUCGCCACUUUCUUGUCUAUUUUUAAUGCGAGUUGUUUUCUGGUAAUGCAACUAGCUAAUUUAAAAUUGAGGUAAAAAAUCAGUUUGUCUAUAUGCCUCUUAAGCUAUUUUUUAACUCAUUUAUUUGCUGUUUGAAAAAAUAUUUAGGCUUAAUGGAAAUCUUGAGAAAAAAGUGGCGUUGAAUAGACACAAUAAUAUACUGAACCGCUUAUAGUCGGGUUUAUUGAAGCAACUUAUAACUUAUUAAUUAUUAUUAUAGUUUGUAGUUACUUUUUUCUAUUUCUAGAAACCCCAACCAUUGAUUGAUUUAGUAAUUUUCUCAAAUUCACAGGGAUUUUUCUUGUUUGUGGUAAGGAUUUCCACUUGGAAAUUUCUUUCAUGUUUCAUGCAAUUACGAAGAUAUAAAAUAAAUUGCUAAUGUUGUAAGUUUUAUGAAUAAAAUAGAAUAAGAAUCAAUUUUUCUUCACCCACAGGACACGAUUUUUACUAUUUUGUACGUACCUUUUUAGGCUUCAGGCAUUUGCUGGGAAGUAAGAUAACUUAAUCAGUUGUUAACUCGAAAAAUAAAAAAAUCAUGAAAUUCUGUAAAUAUGGACCGCAAAUUAGGCUAACUUCCUUGUCAAACAUUUAUUUUUUAGCAUCCUUUCUUAGGGAAACAUACCAUAAUGUAUUUGUAUGUCCGUUCAAUUAAUUACCAUCGAACUCGUUCAUUAAUUUUUCAGAGAAGAAUCAAUAGAUUCUGUUAAUAGAAUCUUAAGUUCACGACCCCUGAUACAACAUUAGAUCCUCUCUAGUGCCUCUCCCCAAGCCAAAAAUGAAAAAUGCUGGGAAUAGUCUUUGGAUACACCGUGGCCUUUUUGGUGCUAAAUCUGGCGCAAAGCAGCCCAAUUGUCGAAUAUGAUAAGGGCUACCGCUACGAGGAGUACAUUGUGGAGCACGAAAUAUCGGCCACACAAGCGAGAAACGCUGCCCUUAGUAUCGAUCUGAACUCCGUCGCUUCACCGGUCGGAUGCCAAAAAUGUACCAAAGACGAAAUCAAAUAUUGCUUGGGCAUCGAUCUCAUUUCUGAUCACUGUUGCUGCGACAGGAAGUACCAUGAAGUGUUACCGUUUAUCCCCCACACGUGCUACUUGGGCACCCAAAUCUGCAAGCCGGUGGUUGGAGACUGUGCGGAGUACAGCCGACUGCGGACCUGCUGUUGUGAUAAAUACGCCCUGCAGAAAUGGAAGAAAAAGUCCGCGGGGGUUCGUUCACACGUCAACAAAGAGAUAAUUACCUUGGCACUGAUGGUGCAAAUUGUGUACAUACUUGUAUAUUAUCACCUUUAAUUACUACCAAAGCAAUAUUAAGGCUGCACAGUAUUAUUAUAAUAAACCUUCUGGUUACGUAA